AUGACGGGAUGGGCUCCACAGGUGGAGAUUUUACAACACCCGUCGAUCGGAGGGUUCUUGAGCCACUGCGGUUGGAACUCGAUGCUUGAAGCUAUGGUGACCGGAGUGCCAUUGAUGACAUGGCUGUUGUACGCCGAACACUGUUACAACGAGAAGCUGGUGGAGCUUUUAGGGAUUGGAGUCGGAGUAGGGGCGGAGGUUUGGAACUCGGGUUCUGAGAUCACUAGCCCAAUCAUCGGAAAACAGAAUAUAGUUGAGGCUAUUCAGAUAUUGACAGGUGGAUCCGCCUGUGAGUGUAAACCAGACUUGGUGUGA